AUGGAAGGGGCGCUGACCGCCCGCGACAAGGUCGGGGUGCAGGAUUUCGUGCUGUUGGACGCGCACACCAGCGAAUCUGCUUUUCUGGACAAUCUUCGCAAGCGUUUCCGGGAGAACCUCAUCUAUACAUACAUCGGCACCCUCCUCGUGUCCGUGAACCCGUACCAGGAGCUGGGCAUCUACACCCUGAGCCAGAUGGAACUUUACCAAGGGGUCAAUUUCUUUGAGCUGCCACCGCAUGUCUAUGCCAUAGCCGACAACGCUUACCGCAUGAUGUGCUCGGAGCUGACCAACCACCUCAUCCUCAUUUCUGGGGAGAGCGGGGCAGGGAAAACGGAGGCCUCCAAGAAGAUCCUGCAGUAUUUCGCCAUGACCUGCCCCAUGACCGACUCGCUAGAAAUCGCCCGGGACCGACUGCUGCUCUCCAACCCGGUGCUGGAGGCCUUUGGAAAUGCCAAAACGCUCCGGAAUGACAACUCCAGCAGAUUUGGGAAAUACAUGGACAUACAGUUUGACUUUAAGGGCAUUCCCAUCGGCGGGCACAUCAUCGGUUACUUGAUAGAAAAGUCCCGAGUUGUCUAUCAGAACCAUGGGGAGCGGAACUUCCACAUCUUCUACCAGCUGCUGGAGGGCGGUGAGGAGCAGCUGCUGGCCUACCUGGGGCUGGAGCGAGACCCCCAGCUGUACAGAUACCUCGCCCAGGCUCAUGGCGCCAGCGAGUCGUCUAUGAAUGACAGGAACGACUGGAAAACCGUCUCCAAUGCCUUUGCUGUCAUCGAUUUCACUGAAGACGACCUGGAGAACCUCUUUGGAAUCAUUGCCAGCAUCCUGCACCUGGGGAACGUCUGUUUUAGAGAGAACCACCAGGGCUGUGCCACCAUUCCAGUCAUCAACGAGAUCAAGUGGAUCGCCAAGCUCCUGGGGGUCCAGCCGUCGGCCCUGCUGGAAGCUCUCACCCACAGGAAGAUUGAAGCCCAAACCGAGGAGGUGAUCUGCCCACUGACGCUAGAAAACUCUGUCUACGCCAGAGACGCCAUGGCGAAGGCUGUCUAUGGGCGCACAUUCACGUGGCUGGUGAACAAAAUCAACUCCUCCUUAGUGAACAAGGAGUUCACCAAGAAAACCGUGAUCGGGCUGCUGGACAUCUACGGGUUCGAAGUCUUCGACAAGAAUGGGUGAGGCCCUGGGUGCAUCUUUCGGGGGGCAGUUUACUGCAACGAGAAGCUCCAGCAGCUGUUAAUCGAGAGAACCCUAAAGGCGGAGCAGGCAGAAUAUGAAAUGGAAGGGAUAGAGUGGGAGCCGAUUCAGUAUUUCAACAACAAGAUCAUCUGUGACUUGGUUGAAGAAAGACACAAAGGAAUCAUCUCCAUCCUGGAUGAAGAAUGUAUCCGUCCUGGUCCCGCUUCUGACUUGAGUUUCCUGGAGAAGUUAGAAGAGAAAGUGGGGAAGCAUGCGCAUUUCCAAACCCGGAAGCUGGCGGGUCCAAACGGCCGCAAGAGGAUUGGCUGGAUGGAGUUCCGACUGUUCCACUACGCGGGGGAGGUCACCUACUGCACCAAAGGAUUCUUGGAAAAGAACAGUGAUCUCCUGUACAGGCACCUGAAAGAGGUGCUGUGCAGGUCGAGAAACGGCAUCCUGAAGGAGUGCUUCCUGGCAGCCGAGCUGGAGAACCGCAGGAGGUCGCCCACGGUGGGGACUCAGUUCAAGACCAGCCUGAGCAGCCUUCUGGAGAUCCUCAUCUCCAAGGAGCCCUCCUACAUCCGCUGCAUCAAGCCCAACGAGAGGAAGGAGCCCAGCAAGUUUGACGACUUCCUCAUCAGGCAUCAGAUCAAGUACCUGGGGCUGAUGGAACACCUGCGGGUGAGGCGGGCCGGCUUUGCGUACCGGCGGAAGUAUGAGCACUUCUUGCAAAGGUACAAGUCCCUGUGCCCAGACACCUGGCCGCACUGGCGCGGGCCUCCAGCAGAGGGCGUAGAGCGGCUGAUCAAGUACAUAGGCUACAAACCGGAAGAGUACAAGCUGGGGAGAACCAAGAUAUUCAUUCGCUUCCCCAGAACUCUGUUUGCCACGGAAGAUGCCUUUGAAUUUAGUAAACAUCAGUUGGUGGCGAGGAUUCAAGCCACGUACAAAGCCUGCCUGGAAAGAAGAGUGUAUGUGAAAAAAAGACAAGCAGCCAUCAAACUCGAAACCCACUGGCGUGGAGCCCUGGCCCGGAAGGAGGUCGCGAGGAGGAAGUGGGCUGUGCUGAUUAUAAGGAGGUUCAUCAAGGGGUUCAUCCAUCGCGACAAGCCUCUUUGCCCCGACAAUGAGGAGUUUGUCGUGUUCGUGCGCAAGAAUUACAUCUUGAAUCUUCGCUAUCACGUCCCGAAGAACGUGUUGGACAAGCGCUGGCUGAGGCCUCCUGGCAUCUUGCAAAACGCAUCGGAUCUGCUCCGGAAAAUGUGCGUGAGGAACCUGGUUCGGAAGUACUGUCGUGGGAUCACCGCCGAGAGGAAAGCGCUGAUGCAGCAGAAGGCGGUCGCCAGCGCAGUCUUCAGGGGAAAGAAGGAAGGCUACGCAGAAAGUCUGAAUAAGCCCUUUGCCAACAGUCGGAUAGACGAAGGAGACAUCAAUCCCAAAGUGCUUCAGCUCAUCGGCAACGAGAAAAUCCAGUAUGGCAUCCCGGUCAUUAAAUACGACAGGAAAGGCUUCAAGGCGCGGCAGCGGCAGCUCAUCCUCACGCAGAAAGCCGCGUACGUGGUGGAACUGGCCAAAAUCAAGCAGAAAAUAGAGUACUCGGCACUCAAAGGUGUCUCUACCAGCAACCUGAGGGAUGGAUUCUUAGUCAUUCACGUCUCACCAGGAGCCAACAAGCACAAGGGGGACGCCAUCUUGCAGUGUGAGCACGUCUUUGAAGCGGUUACGAAACUCAUCAUGCUGGUUAAGAAGGAGAACAUCGUGCAUGUUGUUCAAGGAAGUUUACAGUUUUAUAUCAGUCCUGGAAGAGAAGGCACAAUAGUUUUUGACACGGGACCAGAAGAACAAAUCUAUAAAGAUAAAAACGGACAGUUAACAGUGGUGAGUGGCUGUGUCUGGGGGGGCAGGGGAGCACUUUUUGAUGAGAAUAAAGAUGAAAAUGCUGCCAAUUUCAGUCCUCCUGUAGACAGAUUGGAAUCAUAGCUAGUUCAUCUCUUUCUAGUCCUGCUUCCACAUCUGAGAAACAGGAAGGAACUGGAAUUGGUACUGGAGACAUAGAUCCAAAUGCUGGAUGAAGCAGGAGUUUACUGCCAUGUUUACUGGGAGCCAGAGCUGACAGUCCACCCUCCCCGGGUUUAAAUGGCAAAGCCCGCUUUGCACUGGGCGGCGCAGGUGCUGGGCCUCUUGCCGUGGUUCUCACACUCCAAACCGGAGCCCCCUGCGUUAGCGUCUCACCCCCGGCUCUGUGCUGUCAUUGGCUG